AAUUCACCGCAUGUCACGGCAACAUAACAUACAUCCCUAUUUCCGCUCGUCAACUGUCCACUCAGGCGUGAUUCACCGUGGAAACUUGAUCUUGUCAAUUCCUAAUUAUUAUAAUAUAAAAUAAUGACAUCCUGUGUGUGCACCCCUCCUCUUCAACCCAGUCGUUAUGAUCCGAGUUCCUUCAUUGCUCGCCAUCCGCCACCGUUUCUUGCCCACAAAAUUCGUUUUACUUGGUGUUUUUAUCACCUUCGUGAUUGCUCUCUACACAUUCUCUUCUCCGUACUCUUUUCGCUUAUCAGAGUGGUCUCCAUUACUCUCACUGCAGCGACAGCGCAGUUCAUGCACUCCAGAACAGUGGUCGAGCGGGCGUUGGGUAUAUACCCCGACCUCUGACUUAGAAACUUUGACUCGCCCAGAACAGGCACUUGCCUUAGCUGGCUUCCAGGGUUGUGCUGCAGACCGUGAAUACCGCUGGCAUUUGGGCGUAGACUUUGAAGAACAAUGGGGCAGAUUUCCAAACGUUUCUUCAUACAAAUGGGUACCUUCGAGCCAGUGUAAUGUACAGCCUCUCAACGGCGCAGCAAUGAUCAAGGACAUGGUGGAGAAUGGCGGCUGGUUUUUAAUUGGCGACUCCAUAAGUGAAAACCACUUCUUCUCGCUGUCGUGUCUGCUGUACCCCCAUGUCCGAGCAACUCCAAAUCACACGCUAAACGCCCCCUAUGACCACGCAUGGCAGCAAAAUCUGUACCUGUUGCCUACGUCACCUAUAAUAUCCGAAAUCACCAUGCCGGAGGGCUUCUCAUUCGAACACACGCCACUCGUUUCGUUCCGACGUGUUGACCUCCUUCUUAAUGGAACAGAAUUAGACGCCUUAUAUCACAGUUCAGCAUUCCCUGGUGGACUCGCAAACUCGGACAUUGAAAAUCCCAUUUCUAUACCAACCAAAGCAGAGUCUCUAUUCGGCCGUGAGCCGUUUUGGUCGGUGUCCCCUUCAGAAUACGUCACCGCAUUCCUUGAUUCACCUCCAAAUGCCAACUACGGCACGCUGGUUGUGAGUACUGCCGGACACUGGACGACAUCCACUCUAGGUGCAUUCCACGACAAAAACGGGAUACUUGGAUUCUUCAAGUUCGCCAUACGAGCUUGGGCAAGUGAAGUUCAGGACGCCAUCACAGAAUACCGUAAAAAAGGGGGCAAACGUCCAAAACAGGUAGUUGUCAGAGCGUAUCUACCCGGCCACGAGAACUGUCAUAACAUCUUCGACCCCACGGAGGAUAUCACGCCCUGGGUCGGCGUGCCUUGGAAUUGGCCGUGGAUUCCGGACUUCAACACAGAAUUCCAGGAGCUGCUGUCAACAUCACCUGAGUUCCCGGACAUCUUUUAUCUUCCGAUUGAAAGACCGGGGAGGCUGCGCCCUGAUGCUCAUGUCACUAGAGAUUGUUUGCAUAUUAUGUCAGGUGCUGGUGUUCUCGAGGGAUGGUCGCACUACAUCUGGCAUUUUGUCACACGUGAAAGCCAUCGGAAGGAUCUGAUGACCCCGCACUCGCCGCUUUGAACCAAUCCUUUAUUUUUUUGCCAGCCUGAAAGUACUCGAAAUUACAAAUCCUUUGUAGUUGUAGAUAGUUUCAACGUCUAGUUCGUCUGUUCUAAUUUCUUGUUCCACGUCAAUAGUCUAGUGUACGUAUAGGUGUGUAUGUAGAUAGUUUCAACGUCUGUUCUAAUUUCUUGUUCCACGUCAAUAGUCUAGUAUAUGUAUAGAUGUGUA